AUGGAAACGGUUUUCAUCACCAUUCAUGAUUUGUCUUUGGAUGCGCGCAUUCGGUACUGCUCGGAUUCCAUUGAGGACAUUCUGGGGUACCUUCCGCCUGAAGUCACCGGCAAAUCAUGCUGGGAAUACUUCCACCCAGAUGAGAUCCCUUUCGGGCGGUCCAUUCAUGGCCGGGGCAUCAGCCUCGACAAGGCCGCAGUUAUGAACUACUGUCGGAUCAAGCACAAGGACGGCUCUUGGGUUGCCUGUGAAUGUGUCUUUACCGUGGUUUAUGAUGUUUUGGUCGCUAGCACUGCAGUCUACCGACGGGGUCCAAAGGCAAGGCAGAGGGCUCUUGAUGGAGCUGGCAUUCGUCGGAUCUUCUCUUCGUCACCGCGGGAUCCCCGAUACCACAUGCUCUCUUUCCUGUCCAACAAAUUCUAUCAGGAACCGGCUGUCCACAAUCCAGAGCCGCGAGCCGCAAUAUUCCUCAAUCGUUUCACCCGCACCUCCACUGUCAUGUACGCCACCGACGGAUUGACUGCCAUUCUUGGCAUCCAACCAUCAGAGCUUAUUGGGAAGAGCUUCUACUACUGCAUCGAAGAGAACUGUCUGCAGGAUGCGAUCAAGUGUCUUGAAAGCGCAAAAGCUAACGACUCCAUUGCCUACCUGAGGUUUCGGUAUCGCAACCCACUUCAAGACGCGAAUAGGGCACACUCCGAGUCGGUGCGCGGUCUUGAUGAGAGCGACGAAGACGACGACGGCGGUGUCCCCUUGACAAAUGGAAUCAGAUCCGGGUCAAGUGUCUCGAUGACGGAUGCUUCCACGCCGCGUGUAGCCGAAGACAGUUCUCUGCAGACAUCCACUCAGGCUGACACGCUUCCUGAUGGAGUGGGGCCAGCGCAAGCUGAUGGGACAGGACAACCAGUUGAAGCUCAGGCUGUCCCAGCUGGUCCCAAUCCCCUGAUACAGAGAUCUACUUCUGGCGACAGCACCGAUGUGGAAGCAAGCCAUCAAGACGGUUCUUUUGAUACUGCGGAGUCCGGAAGAUCUUCAUCGUCUCAAACCCUUCAGGAAGAUCUUGCCUCAGAGCCGCUGGAGCUUGAAGCCGUCGUCUCUUGCACUUCAGAUGGCCUGGUUGUGAUCCUUCGUCGUGCAAGACCUCUCGUACCACACACUCUCGGUGCCACGGAGGCCCCAUAUUACUCCAAUGGGGUCUUCGCAGCGCCUUGGGCUCCGGAGCCAAUGCUGCCUCCUCACACGACCCAAGCCAGUGUGGUUCCUGCCACUCCAGUCCCAGCCGCCCAAGACACCGCACAGGACGGUUUCAUGGCCGCAAUCAGAGACGUUGCCGUCUUCGCUUGGUCACUUACUGGCAUCAACGGCUCCGUUGCACAGUAUGCUCAUGGUCAAGCUUCCGGCGAGGCGUUGCCACCAGGAGGCAUGCCCGUUUGGGACCCUGAUGCCAAAACCGACCCCAGUUCGGACGAACUGUUCAACGGCUUUCUCGGCAGCGCACAUCGACCGUUUGCUGGUAUGGAAGAGCCAAUGCCGCGGAGAGGCGAUGAAUUCAGCAGCAGUGACGAUGAGGUUGUCUGGAAGCGGGUUUCCACGCUGCCCGCGUGGCGGCGGCCCAAGCGAAGAGGUGAUGAUGCCUUUGGCACUGACGGAUUCGAUGGAGACGAUGGCGAGAACGAAUCUGGAGGCCGCAAAAAAGCAACCAUGUCACAGACCGGUUCUCGAUCAGGAGGAACGUCCGCUUCGGGUCCUACUUCUGGCUCAGAGUCUAAAGCCGGGUCGACGACCGAUUCGACCUGA